AUGGCCGAAGUACUGACUGGUAUUGCCGUCGCAACCGAAUCCCUCACUCUUUGCAUCAAGGCCGUCGUUAUCCUCAAAAGAUUCUAUGUGACGGUCAAAGAAGCAAGGGAGGAUCUCAAUAAGAUCCUCAACCUGGUCGGACGCACAAGAAACCGUAUCGAACUGAUGAAGAUCACACUCAUCGAACUUCGGAAAACAACUGACCCCGGUAUUACUGCAGGCUUCAUCGCCGCAUGUGAUGGACUCAACAGAACUCUGAAAGAGCUAGUCCAAGAGGCAUCCACUAUUGCCAACGGUCGAUCUCGAUUUGGUAUUGCCAGACGUCUGAAAUGGUCGAUGAGCCACUCCAAGGUUGAGGAACUUGUUCGAAAGCUGGCAGAACAGGAGAAGGAGGUGACAAAUUCGUAUAUGAUGCUCAACUCAUUAACCUCUCUCCGAACUCAACAGGAGCUGCAGAGGCUCACAAGGUCAUCUGACGAGCGGUCCGAGAUCACAAUCGCCUUUUGCCAAGAAUCAGAGGAGCGCCUUUCCGACGUGUCUACGUUGCGAAGUAGCUCCGAAGAGCCCUCAAGUAGGCCUCGUACUUGGCUUGGGCAUACCAUUACCGAUUACCACUCUCCGGAGUAUCUGCAGCUGCGAGACGAGCUAUCCGAAGCCGUAUACUGGGGUGACUGGGAUGUCGUUUUCAACAAGCUUGAGGAGGGGUUCCGGACAUUUGGUGAACUGUGGGGGAAUGCACCACGAGUGAAAGAUCGAGCGCAGUAUCACCACCUCUCAAUGUGGACUCCUCUUCAUCAAGCGGUAUAUCAUCAUGCGCCAGUCCAUGUCGUUGAACGAUUGCUGGAAUAUGGAGCUUUCAGAGCAGAAACGCUCCGAACAAGAAAAUCCGAAUUCGGGCAUCCCAACUUGACCCCCCUCGAACUUGCUCACGAGAUGGAAGUCUUCCAUCUUUAUGAUAUUCUCCGACCAGUGAUAAAACGUCCUUUGCCACCGCACACCCUGCAGAGAAUCGAGUAUAAUUUUCACUGCCUGAUCCGCAGUGAGAUAGGGCAGUGUGUUGAUACAGCAAAGCUCUAUCUCCCUGCUCUUGAGGUUCUCACGGAGCUCGAUGGGGAAGCUGUGUGGUUCCCGAUUAAGUUUGGACAUCCCGGUGCUGGAUACCUUUUCCAGCUGUUGGGCAGGGAGCUUCAGGUCAAAUCUGUGAACAUCCAGGACAAAUCUUCGGAGACCCUCUAUCGCGUUAUGGAAGACGACAUUUAUGAGACUGACCAAAUCUUCAACUUUGCCGGAGACCUCAAACAGAAGAGAGACAUUGAUGAAGAGGAUACCGCACAAUCCUUGCCGUUCAAGCUGGAACUUUGAUGCCUCCAGGCACGACAAAGAAAAGACCACGGGUGAAGGAUUCUUCUUCUGGCUAUUGCUCCACAACCGGAUAGUCCGAGCAUCCUUGAUCAGCACAGUCAGUUAUGGGGUCCAUAUCGACGACGCUUUGGGCUGCGAAUUGGCAUAUUAUGG